ACCCACCCCCCAACCCACCCCCAGUCCAACAGCUCAGCUCAACGAUGGAGAAAUACGAGAAAAUCGGGAAGAUCGGCGAAGGCUCUUACGGAAUCGUGUUUAAAUGUCGGAAUAAAGACACCGGGCAGAUCGUGGCCAUCAAAAAGUUCGUGGAGUCUGAAGAUGACCCGGUUAUCAAAAAGAUUGCGCUCAGAGAGAUCCGAAUGCUGAAGCAACUCAAACAUGCCAAUCUGGUGAACUUGAUUGAAGUGUUCAGAAAGAAACGGAAGCUACAUUUAGUUUUUGAAUACUGCGAUCACACAGUGUUAAAUGAACUGGACCGAUACCCAAGAGGGGUACCAGAGUACCUGGUGAAGAAAAUCACUUGGCAAACAUUGCAAGGUGUAAACUUUUGUCAUAAACACAAUUGUAUACACAGAGACGUCAAACCGGAAAAUAUCUUGAUUACAAAACAUGGUGUGAUUAAGCUUUGUGACUUUGGAUUUGCCAGGUUACUGACUGGUCCUGGAGACUACUACACAGAUUAUGUGGCCACUCGAUGGUAUCGUGCUCCAGAGCUGUUGGUCGGAGACACUCAGUACGGCCCUCCAGUGGAUGUUUGGGCAAUAGGUUGCGUCUUUGCAGAGUUGUUAUUCGGCGCUCCCUUGUGGCCAGGGAAAUCUGAUGUGGAUCAGCUUUACCUGAUCAGAAAAACUUUUGGUGAUCUCAUUCCUCGGCACCAACAAGUCUUCAGUUCAAACCAGUUCUUCAGUGGAGUGAGCAUCCCAGUGCCAGAUAAUCUGGAGCCUUUGGAAGUAAAAUUUCCAAAUAUUUCUCUUCAAGCUCUUGGAUUAAUGAAGGGCUGUUUACACAUGGAUCCAGCAGAUCGACUCAAUUGUGAACAGUUGCUAGAUCAUCCGUACUUUCACAGCCUCAGGGAACAAAUGGGAACUGGCAAAGAUAAGGUGAAAGGGCCAAAGAGACGCGUGAGACCACCACACAGAAACUUGCCAGGGCCACAGUACUUACCACAGCUAACUGACAGCAAUACAUCCCCAGCCCUGGAAGGAAAGAAUUAUUUCAGGCAAAAAUAUAAUUACCAUCUGCCCAAUAUUUGACUAAAUGGCAGCAACACCAACAAGGUACAGGGAAUCCUCACCUGCACAACCAAGGCUUUGUUGUCUAAAGAUGUUCAUUUUAAGUUAAAGUAAAAAAACCUAAAUUAUUGCAAAGACUGUACCAUAUCAUUACCCAGCCUCAGACAGACUAUAUGCACUUUGAAAUCACUAUCAUCGGUUUUCUUUAACGUUCUACGAUUUUAAAGGGAAUGUACACUUACGUUAAAUAACAUUUAUAAUAAAAAGACCCAGGACAAACUGUUGUGGGUUUUGGUGCUACUUGUGUAGAACUGGACAGAAAUAGCACUAUCUUCUAUGCACUAAUACUACUGCUUAAAAGCUAUUUACUAUUUUAAUCUGCAGAUUAACUUGUUGGAAUUUCUUGACUGUCACUUCAGUAUUUGGUGUCAAUUUACCUUGUAAAAGCGAGAGACUCACCAAGCAUAUACAUAGCAAAAAGUAACUAUUCAAGCAAAUCAAACAUACUGCCAACAGCAUUCUUCCACAGCUAAUGGGAACAUCAGGCCAAGUAUUUUGUUUCUAGUUUGAAGUUUGUACGACCUGUUUUGUUUAAGUUCACAAAUAUUGGGAGUCAAAAACUGUUAAGAGGGGGGAACAAGUUAGAUUUAUAACCAAUAAGACUAACAGAAUAGAAACAAAAUCAUUGUCUGCAGUGUUAGCUUGAUAUUCACAUUAGUUGCAGUUUCUGAAUUUGUCCAGUUUAUUUACAUUUCUGAACUCUCCAUUUUUCGACUACCUUUUGCAAGCGCUGGCAUUACCCAAGACAUUUGAAACUUCUUGCUGCUAUGUUGUAUUUUUCCUCUUACUUUAUCUUCAGUCUGUAAUAUUUUUGCCAGAGGUUUAGAUUAAAUUCUCGGCUCUAAAUGAAUGUUUCUCAUAAAAAGCAAAUCACUUUGGGGGUGGAUUAGGUAGAGUAAACGCAUGAUCUAUAGGGCUUGACUAGCCUACAGGCAAGUGACAAUGUGUUACAUGGACCACAGAAUAUGUUUUUAGUCGACUUGGCAAAACAAAAUUGCUGAAGUUCUUCUAGCUACAGUAUUUACUUCUAUUUGUAAAUCUGCUACCCCAGUCAAUGUUCACACCAAUUCUGAUACAAUGAAAAGGUCCAGGGCCACAAAUUGUUUUGUAAAAUUAUAUUGUGAUCAUUAAUACAGUAUUUGUAAAGUUGAUGUAUCACAUUUAAGUCACUCUGUGAAUGUUGAGAAAACUGCACCAGAUGCAAUAUUGUAUUAAAGAUUUUUUUAUAUAAAAAUGUGUUGAUCUAUAAAAUCAAUUAUCCAAAUGUUGAUAUAAAAGUACUAGAGAUAUUGUUUUGAAGUGCUAUAAUGAAGUUACCAUUGUAACCCACCAAUUAUAGAAUUUGCAAUACUUUAUAGUAAAUUAAUAUUUGAUUUGUUUUUCAAAAUCUCUAUUCAUAUAUUCCAUUUAUUAACAGUUAAAGCUGUUUGCACUGAAAUCAGUCAAUUUGAAGACAUCAGUUUUGUUGAAAUAUUUUGAUAGCUGACAGUAUGUUGCUUCUUAUUGUCUUUGUUGUACUUGGUUAUUUCAAAUAAAGUGAUUCAAAUGA